UAGUGGACGGAACUCUUCUUUCAGCAGCAGUAACAGUUAGUCAGACACCUCCGUAGCUUGCUAGACAAAACAGGCGAACCAAUAAAGCUCUUUAGACGCGUUCGUGUGUAUUAGACACUGUGUUUUAAACCCACUUCUGUCGUCUAGUUAGUUAUCCGGUUUAAUUUCAUAUUUACGGUGUUGUUGUUAUUAUUCAGCUAGCGGGCUGGUUAAGUUAACAUUAGCCUAGCUAGCUAAUAUCCCCGACCAUGCGGUCACUAAGCUACUCUCCACCUACUAAAGAAGAGGUGGGUAUCACAGUAAAACAAGAAGUAGAGGGUGAGGCCGUUACUGUGAAAGAAGAAAAAGACGCGUUCAGAGUGAAAGAGGAGGAGGAUGUUACAGUAAAAAGAGAGGAGGAUGGAGUUUAUGGAUUGAAAGAGGAAGAGGGGGAGAUGACUGUUACAUCGAAGAAGGAGGAGGAGGAAAGUGGAUAUCUGGGCCCGGUUUCCCAAACCCAUCUUAAGGCGUCCGACCGUUCUAACGCUGAAUUUAGCCAUAAGAUGGUUUUGAGAAACCGUUCCCUGAUUAACACGAGAGAGAGUGGUGACUAUCGUGGAUCCUCUGGGGAGUCUCAACAACCUCAUGAUGCUGAAGAGGCAGAGAAGUGUCUCUCCAGAUCAAAACACCUCAAACACCUGCAGAGAUCCACAGGGAAGAGAACUCACUGCUGCUCUGACUGUGGGAAGAGAUUCACCUCAUCAGGCAUUAAAAUUCAUCAGAAAACACACACAGGAGAGAAAUCUUAUAGCUGUGGUCAAUGUGGAAAGAGUUUUACUUCAUCUAGCUAUCUGACAGUACACCAGAGAAAACACACAGGAGAGAAACCUUAUAGCUGUGAUCAAUGUGGAAAGAGUUUUACUUCAUCUGGCUGUCUGACAGUACACCAGAGAAUACACACAGGAGAGAAACUUUAUAGCUGUGGUCAAUGUGGGAAGAGUUUUGCUACAUCUCACCGUCUGACAGUGCACCAGAGAAUACACACAGGAGAGAAACCUUAUAGCUGUGAUCAAUGUGGGAAGAGUUUUGGUCAAUCUGGAAAGCUGACAGUGCACCAGAGAAUACACACAGGAGAGAAACCUUAUAGCUGUGAUCAAUGUGGGAAGAGUUUUGCUACAUCUAACCGUCUGACAGUGCACCAGAGAAUACACACAGGAGAGAAACCUUAUAGCUGUGAUCAAUGUGGGAAGAGUUUUGCUACAUCUAACCGUCUGACACUGCACCAGAGAAUACACACAGGAGAGAAACCUUAUAGCUGUGAUCAAUGUGGGAAGAGUUUUGCUACAUCUAACCGUCUGACAGUGCACCAGAGAAUACACACAGGAGAGAAACGUUAUAGCUGUGAUCAAUGUGGGAAGAGUUUUGCUACAUCUAACCGUCUGACAGUGCACCAGAGAAUACACACUGGUGAGAAACCUUCACACUCCUGGGCCAGACUACACUCAAUCAUAGGACCUACUGAAGAGAUGAGUCUUCAGUAAAGACUUAAAGGUUGAGACCGAGUCUGCGUCUCACAUGAGUAGGCAGACUAUUCCAUAAAAAUGGAGCUCUAUAGGAGAAAGCCCUCCAGCUGUUUGCUUAGACAUUCUAGGGACAAUUAGGAGUUGUGUUACACUUACCACGUUGGUGACCCACUUGAAUCAAAAUGUAGCAAGCUUGUCCUCUAACCAGGGAUGUACACAUUACUCCCAGAUUCCGUGUGGUUUUUGAGCUGUUAGUUUUAACAGGACGUGCAACAUAAUCUCCCUCUCGCACAAAUUAUUUAAGCAUGAUAUCGAUGGGUGAUGACAAAUAAGUGUUGCAUUCCCUUGUUUAGCGACCCCUAAAUUUAAAUGCAUCACUCCAACUGCAGCUGACUGUCUUCUGUAGGUUGUCCUCUAACCAGUAAGGUAAAAUAUAUCUCCCAUUUCUGUGUUUUUUGUUGUUGUGUCAGUUCCCCCCUAAUCAAUAUCAGUGAUUUAUUGCUACUUGUCAAAACAACAGCGUUUUUGGUGCUUGUGCAGUUUAUCAGGAGCUUCUUUUAAAAAAUACAAGUAAUGUGAUUAUUGUGGCAGAUGUUUGUGUAUAUAGCACAUGUUAGGUUUUCAAUUUAUCCCAAACUGUUUCUGCAUAUUGGUUAUUGAUUUGGACACGUUAAAACUGUGUUUUGACAUUGGGCUAUCCCACCAAGCAAAAUGUAAUUGAAAAGACGUUGAAAAUAAGACUAUGCAAUCAAAUAUUUCAUAUUUACAUUUCAUGUAACAUUUGGUAGUGAUAUUUAUUCAUGCAACCAACUGACAAUUUUUUGGUACAAUUAUAUUGACAUCGUUGCCCUGUUUUUAGAAUAUCAGGGUUAAUUCUCACAUGUGCCAAACCAAAUGUACUAGAGCAUGAUAUUGGGGACUGGGCCCCGAUCCAACAACAUGCCUAUCGAGUGAACCCCGAAAAGAGAGAGAAGCUCUGCAGUGAGGUGGAAAGUUACUACGGAUAUCGCAGGAGUUUCCUCUUGAAAUCAGACAUGUCCGUGGUAAGGAAAACUUGGUUGCUGAUUAUCUCUGGGGUGGGCAGUCAAAAAGAUUUGCGUUUAGCCAGUGUGUUAUACCAUGAUCACAAUUUAUUUGGAGUUUUGUCUUCUUUUUUUCCGUAUUGAAACUGCACUGUUGGUUAGGGGCUCGUAAGGAAGCAUUUCACUGUUGUAUUCGGCGCAUGUGACUAAUACAAUUUGAUUUGAGUUUUGUUUGGACUCGUUCCAAGGGAACCGGAGUUCUAGAAGCUUGUUCGUUUUAGGAAGAUGAGAGUUCUAGAAACUAGUGAGUUUUAGAAUUCUAUAGAAAGAAAAAUGAGAAAAAAAUAAUACGAUUGUUUAUUAUUAUUUAGGAAUAGGUGUUUUUUCUUGUUUAUAUUGGUGAAGGUGAAGCAUUGUAGUUGAUUAUAAUGUGAAAUGGAAGUUUUCUGUUGGUGGUGAGCAAACUUGUCCAACAAAAAUAUAGGAUAUAUUUGUUGUCUUUUGGGGGAAGGUGUUCCAGGCUUUGGUUUUUCCAUUUAUGUUUUGAGGUUGGACUUUAGCACAUGUAGCUCGUUAGUACUGAUUGGAGUCACCUCGGUAGUCAGUAUGUGUUUUACCUGAGCUGGUCCAGGUUCUAUUUAAGAGUGUCUGGCCCAGUUGUCUUGAUAGAUGUGGAGAGUCAACCUUUAGUUGCGCCACCUUUUUGGUUUACUUCCUGUCUUUAAGUUUGUGGGUUUUUCUUUUGUUUACAUCUUCUUGGGCAGAUUUAGUGGGUCUCAUGGUGGAUGUCUUUCAUGUCCCAGUUGUUGUUACUAGUCAACUUCCAGUGGACACCCCCAUAGUGUCUUUCAGAGCCCCUCCUAAAAAACAAGCUAAUAUUUUGGGUUGGAUAUUGCAUCCAAUUAAUAUUUCAAUCAAUGGAA